CAUGACAUCAAUGCGGAAGUAUGUACCCACAGUAUUAGCACCUUCAGUUUUGUUUACAUGUGACAUGAAAUUUGCGGAGUUGAUGCUGGAGCUCCGUGAAGAUUCGCAGCAUGUUCCCCCGCAGCGCUGCUCCGAGGGGCCGGUCAGCCUACAGUAACGGACUGUACCCGCCACCCCCUGUGCCCCGAUGUUACGAUUACAACCACCAAAGCCUGUCGGGUGUCAACAGGUUCUAUGUUCCUGGACUAGCGAGGUUUCCUCAAUAUGAAUGGAAACCCCCACCAUCCACCUCUCCAGUCCCUCCUCCUCACACACCAACUAUGACCAACAGGCGCAAGAGGCAGAAUGAUGAAUACAGCUCCCAUGUUGUGAAGCGCCAACGACUUGACUCCUCUCCCCAUCCACGGAUAGGCUCCCCUUCAGUUCGGGCUCCUCCACCCCCUAGUCGCCCUGACCAAGUGGUGGCUGGGUCCUCAAGAUCAUCCUUCUCUGGUUUUGAUUACUCUUAUCCCAGCCCACACUCCCAUCCCCGCCCUCAGGUGCCGGCUGUCCCAGAAAGCUCCAACAGCCUGCAGGCCUACGCUAAGGACAAGCUGAGCGAUCAGAUGGUGGAGCUUUUUGAGGCGUGCCAGCAGCAAUCUUCAGAUUUGAGCCGGAAGGAAAUGUUUCGAGCUCGGCUGCAGCAAGACAUUCAACGUGUCUAUGCAGUGGCACGGCUUUACUUGACUGGAUCUUCUAUGAAUGGAUUGGGCUGCCGGAGCAGCGAUGCUGAUCUCUGUCUGGUCCUGAAGGGAAAUAAAAGACCUGAUCCUAUUCAUGUGCUCUCUGUCCUCCAAAGGUUGUUUAAAUCACUCUUGUAUGUAGAGAGGACUCAGCUGAUCAGAGCCAAAGUGCCGAUCCUCAGGUUCAGAGAGAAAGGCAGUGAUCUGGAGUUCGAUCUGAAUAUCAACAACACAGUGGGCAUCAGAAACACAUUCCUUCUGAGGAGUUACGCUUAUGCUGAUCUCAGGAUAAGACCCAUGAUCCUUGUCGUCAAGAAGUGGGCACGGCACAAUCAAAUCAAUGAUGCCAGCAAAGGAACGUUAAGCAGCUACACACUGGUGCUUAUGGUUCUGCAUUACCUCCAGACUCUUAAAGAACCUGUCCUACCCUCUCUACAGAGGGACUACCCAGAGUGUUUUAAUCCCUUCAUGGAGAUCGACAUGGUUCCAGAGGGGCCCAAACACAUCCCCCCCUACGUCUCAAGAAACCAGUCUUCUCUGGGAGAGCUGCUUCUGGGCUUUUUAAAAUACUAUGCCACAGACUUCAGGUGGGAUAAGCAGGUGAUCUCUGUACGAGAGGCCAGAGCUUUGACCAAGACCAAUUCUCAAGAUUGGAGAAACAAAUACAUAUGUGUGGAAGAGCCAUUUGAAAGAAAUAACGUCGCCAGGGCAGUCCAUGAGAAGAUCAAGUUUGAUGCCAUUAAAGCUCAGUUUGCUGAGUCAUAUCGAAUACUAAAGGAGAGGAAUGACCUGAACUCGAUCCUCCCAGUCAGAGCCAUCAUUAAUAAGGAGUCAUCCAGGAGAUAAGGGGUUCCUCUAAUUAGACGAGCUGACUGGAGUCUUCUACCUCAAGAUAGGCCUGUGCGCAGAAAUGGUGAAAGACCUUUGGGAUGUGCUGAGAGAGGAGCUGUGCUGCCUCCAGACCUCACGGCCAGAAAGGUUCUGGGACUCUGAAAAAUCUGGCUGCCUCCAUAUCGGUCACAUAAUGCGUGUCCUGUGGCAGUACCUAUUGAAUAUACUGCUCUGUCAAUUGCUUUGCCGCCUUUGCCAAAUUUAUGUAACGUAAUAUUCCAGCAGGCGAGAGUGGAAGAAAACAUACAAUAUUUGUGGAGUGACAACAGAGGGCUCUGAAAUCAAAACAUGUUACUUAUACUUGUGACAGAGAAAUGCUCCACUGAAGCAGGAUUAUAAUGGUCUGCAUUUUUAGAGAUGGUUAUUGCUGCUAUGCCGCCCUCUUUCCGAAUGCACAGAGCAUUCUUGGUAGGAAGCCAAGUUUAUUAAGUAUAUGAGAGACACAAAAUAACACCUGCAACCUGCCCAUAUCUGAAGCUAGCUUAAAUGGAAGCAACAGUGUGUAGGUUUGAAAGACUAGCCUCGGUCAUGUUUCUCUCCUCUGAACUCAGGUUUAGUUACAUCCACAUUGUUAGAGCCAUACUGUACAGAGUCAUAAUGGAAGAUGCCAAUUUGUUUCUGCCACAUACAUGUACAGUAUAUAUAUUGCCUGUCUGGACCAACUUGUAACAUCAAAGCCUUUUUUCUAUUUUUCUAGGUCAGUAGUGAAGCUGUUGUGGGCUUAAACAUAUAGACACUUUCUUCUGCCGCUGUAUCAAAGGCCCUCUCUUUUUUUCAUCAUCACUAUCUUUAAAUUUCUAAGCUCAUCUGAAAGCUGAGAUUAUUAUUAUUAUUAUUAUUAGUGAUGUUUAAGUUAGUGUCGUUAUUCAAAUGACUCUGAGGGUGAUCACUUGAGGGCUGCAGAGACGCCAGACUGGAUAUUUCCACUCCUUUAUCAUUGAUCAUGAUGUGUUGUGUUAUUUUCCCUCAACUGGUUACAAACCUAUACUGUGUCUUUUUAGUUCGACAUCUGCUCGAUUUAUUUGGACAAAACCUGAUUUGUUAUUCACUCAUUUUUCAUUUCACUUAAUACAUAAGUUAAUUGCAGAAUUCACACUUUUGAGUGUGACUCUGUUUUUUUCAUUCAUCUUUGGUUUAUGUUUUUCCUCAGCUCUUUUUGUGCAUUUUGUAAAUUACUAACUUUUAAAUGUUUAUUUAAAAAAUUAAAUCUCUGAAGAUGUAUGACUGUUUCACUUAAUAUUUUGAGCUCCAUGAGAAGCCCUCUGAAAUUUUGGCUUUGCUAAUAGAAGUGCCAAAAUCAUAUUAAAUUGUACACUGGUU